UGGGCGACGGCAUAAAAACAUCGUAUAUAAUAUAAUUUUGUUUUUUCGAAAAAUCGAUAGCUUCAAGUUGCAGCUUGCAGGAGACAUCGAUCUCUCCACCGUCCCCGAGGGAAAAUUUAUUGAAGAAAAGAUCUUUGAGAGACAAAGGGAGGGAAGGAUGAGUUCAAUCUCAAUAACCAGAUCGUUGCGUUUGCGUUCCUUAAUAUUAUUUUUCGCCUCAAUUUCUCUGCAAUUUAUUUCAGGCAUUUCUGGUGAUCCAUCUAGUUCCAAAAAUGGCACAAAGGCCAAUGCCCAUACUUCUGGUAGCAAUACUGGGAGAAAGAUUGUCAUCAUACUUCUUGUGUUUGUGGCAGUAGGGUUGUUUUCAUUUUUCCUUUUCAAAUUUUGGCAAAAGAAGAAAAGAGAAGAGCAGUAUGCUCGUCUUCUGAAGUUGUUUGAAGAGGAUGAUGAGCUUGAGGUUGAACUUGGGCUGCGGGAUUGAUGCUUUAAGUGUUGAAAAUUACAUUCAUUGUAGUUUGAGGCUAAAAUGGAAUUAUUACUAGGAAAACUCCUUCCCCUGAGGGCCAUGAUUGGGAUUUGGGGAUGUCCCACUUUGAGGUUAGAUGUUUCUCAAUUACAUAGUGUGAUAUCUGUAAUCAAUUUUCAAAAUUAGAACUUGUAAUCGAUAUCGAUUCUUUAGAGUAUCUAGAGAAGAGAAGGAUACUAUCUUGUAUAAGAUGUAUGAGGGGUCUGAGCUCCAGAUUGUAAAAAUGAAAUCUUUAUUCUGAUAGACAUUGAAGUUGUAUAAGAAUUAAGAGAUUUGACUGAGGAUUCUUGAAUAGCAGUAUACGUUUCUUAUUACUGGAAA